AGCAGCAGACAUGCGGGUGUAGAGAAAGGACUUUGUUCCAUUACGCGCAGACGGUGCGUCUUGCACGCGCGAUCACUUUCCUGAGCUCUGAACGUCUGCACAUUAAAGAUGGAAAUAUAACAGCUCCUAUUUAAACAAAACUCCACACGAAUGGGUCUCAGUGAAGAAACUCUGCGGUUCGAGAUAUGUGAUGGCAGAUGUGUGCCACCGACAUGACAGUACAGGGUGAUGAUUGACCGAUAAACCCUGAGGAAAGCAGUCGACCCGCUCGCCAACACCCAUCCGUGACCGUCCUACCUGUCCGAUCCGCUCCUGUUUGGUCCGCUGGAAGUGCUGCAAUGAUCAACCAACACAUUUCCCUGCAUUACAACUACACGGGGAAACUAGACAAUCGCAAUGACACCGAAGGCGCCCCGUUGGACGCCAAAACGGUGGUGUUUUUGGUCGUUUGCGGCUUCAUCGUCCUGGAGAACUUAAUCGUGCUAGUUGCCAUCUGGCAAAACCACAAGUUUCAUAAUAGGAUGUACUUUUUUAUCGCCAACCUGGCUUUGUGCGACUUGUUAGCCGGCGUGACUUAUACGGUCAACCUGCUGAUGUCAGGACAGUGGACGUUGCAUUUGUCUUCAGCCGAGUGGUUUGUCCGCGAAGGGAGUAUGUUUGUAGCAUUAAGCGCGUCUAUAUUCAGCCUACUGGCGAUCGCGAUCGAACGCCACCUUACGAUGAUCAAAAUGAGGCCUUACGACGCAAGCAAAAACUACAGGGUGUUUCUGCUGAUAGGAAUGUGCUGGUUGAUCGCGACCACGUUGGGAGCGUUGCCUAUUUUAGGCUGGAACUGUUUGGAGGCUCUUCCUCAAUGCUCGACCAUCUUACCUCUUUACAGCAAGAGCUACGUUGCAUUUUGCAUCACCAUCUUCAUCUCGCUCCUUCUGGCCAUCUCCGUCCUCUACGCCCGCAUUUACGUCCUGGUCAAGAGCAGCAGCCGCAAGGUGACCAAGCACAGCAACUGCGAGCGCUCCAUGGCCCUCCUGCGCACCGUCAGCAUCGUGGUGGGCGUCUUCAUCGCCUGCUGGACGCCCAUCUUCGUGCUGCUUCUCGUCGACGUGGCCUGCGAGGCCAAAAAGUGCCCGAUUCUGUUCGAAGCCGAUUGGUUCAUCGCAUUGGCCGUCUUGAAUUCCGCCAUGAAUCCUGUUAUCUACACGCUGGCCAGCAGGGAGAUGCGCCGGGCGUUUUACAGGCUCGUUUGCGGGUGUUUGGUGCGGGACGGCUCGGUGGGGUGCAAGCAGAAUACGGAUCCCAGUCGGAGCAAAUCUAGUUCUAACUCCCAGCGGGCGGCCGAGCAGGACGACCCAGACGCCAACACACAGGAUCAAGCUAACAAAAGCUGAAGCACUUAGUGCGUUUGCUAAAAUGCACACUACAGCAUUAGUGCAUGCUAUAGAAGUUUAGUGUGCACUUUUGAAGUGUGCAAUAAAGCAUCAGCACAUGUUAAGUGCAUAUUGAACAGCGGAAAGCAGUUUGAGAUCCCAACUAAUCUGUUCUUACACUGCAGAAAAUGUUUUUUACUCAGUAUUUUUGUCUUGUUUUUCAGUGCAAUUUUUUGUUUUACAUUUUUGUAAAUCAAGAUAUAUUUACUCGAGAAGAAAAAAAGACUUCUGAUAGUCUUGUUUUUUGAAAAAAUGUACCAAAAUUAAGUGAGGUUAUGUUUAAAACAUAUUUUUUGCUUGUUUUUCAGUGCAUUUUUUUUUGUUUUACAUUUUUGUAAAUCAAGAUAUAUUUAUUUGAGAAGCAAAAUGACCUUUGAUAAUCUUGUUUUUUUUGUUUUUUUUUUAAAGUACCAAAAUUAAGUGAAAUUAUGUUUAAAACAUAUUUUUGUCUUGUUUUUCAGUGCAAUUUUUUGUUUUACAUUUUUGUAAAUCAAGAUAUAUUUAUUUGAGAAGCAAAAUGACCUUUGAUAAUCUUGUUUUUUUUUUGCUUUUUUUAAAGCACCAAAAUUAAGUGAAAUUAUGUUUAAAACACAUUUUUGUCUUGUUUUUCAGUGCAAUUUUUUGUUUUACAUUUUCGUAAAUCAAGAUAUAUUUACUAUAUAUCUACUAUAU